CUACAAACCGGGAAUCAAGAAACCCGUUUUGAGCUUUUUCUGUUUUAAUUUCUUGAAAAUCUAUUUUAGUAUUCGCUACGCGUUUCAGUGUGCAAGCAUGCGGUGCGCGGCGUUGGCAAUGGUAGCGCUGCUGGCCUUUGGCUGGACGCCAGGUCCGGGCGAUGCUCUGGGAGCUGACGAUUUGGUAUAUGGCUACGAGUGUAGCAAGGGAAUAUGUCGAAAGGUCGAGCUGAGUGAGGAAAAUUUCGCCUCGGCUAUUAGUUUGCCCGUUUGCAGGCUGUUCUGUGGCAGCGACAUUGGCACUCUCUGGCCCAAGCCAACGGGCGUGGUGCAAUUGGAGCCGCUGAUGCGACAGGUGGACGUAGCCAAUAUUGAAUUCCAGAUGCCAGGUACAAAAGACAAUCUGUGGAAGUCAGCGGAACAGCGUUGGCUAGACCUGUUGGAGGCGAAGGUACCGAAUCCCAAGAUCCUCAAGAAGGGCGGCUACCAAUUAAAUAUUAUAGUCAAUACUGCGGACGCAGGGGCACCAAUGCGUCUCCAGCUGAACACGGACGAGAGCUAUGCACUGAGCAUAGGAUCGAAUAGCGCUGGUCAAGUGACGGCCAAUAUUACAGCUAACAGCUUCUUUGGAGCACGUCAUGGCUUGGAGACUCUGAGCCAGUUGAUUGUCUAUGACGAUAUCCGCCGGGAGGUGCAAGUGGUGGCCAAUGCCUCUAUAGCGGAUGCACCUUUCUACAAAUGGCGUGGACUGCUGCUGGAUACCUCGAGAAACUACUACUCUGUAAAAGCCAUCAAGCGAACAUUAGAUGGCAUGGCCAUGGUCAAGCUGAACACCUUCCACUGGCAUAUCACGGACACGCACAGCUUUCCACUGGAAAUCAGCAAGCGGCCAGAGCUCUCCAAACUAGGCGCCUAUUCACCAAGCAAAGUGUACACUCACAGCGAUGUAGAGGAUAUAGUGGAGUAUGGACGCGUUCGGGGUAUACGCGUAAUGCCAGAAUACGACAGCCCGGCGCAUGUGGGCGAGGGCUGGCAGCACAAGAACAUGACGGCUUGCUUUAAUGCACAGCCUUGGAAUAAAUAUUGUGUGGAGCCUCCAUGCGGUCAGUUAGACCCCACUGUGGAUGACAUGUACAAUGUGUUGGAAGACAUAUUCAGUGAUAUGUUUAAGCUUUACAAUCCUGAUGUCUUUCAUAUGGGCGGCGAUGAAGUAUCCGUUGCUUGCUGGAACAGCAGUGCAAGCAUACGCAACUGGAUGCUGGAGCGUGGCUGGAAUUUGAAGGAGGAAGAUUUUAUGCGUCUGUGGGGCCAUUAUCAAACGGAAGCUCUCAGUCGUGUGGAUCGAGUGGCCAAUGUGUCGAAUACUCCCAUUAUUCUGUGGACCAGCACACUCACCGAUGAGCGCUACAUCGAUCAAUAUCUGGAUCCAGUGCGUUAUAUCAUACAAAUCUGGACUAAGGGCAAUGACAGAGUGAUCAAGAAGAUAUUGAAGCGUGGUUAUCGCGUCAUUGUAUCGAACUACGAUGCCUUGUAUUUCGAUUGCGGCGGCGGUGGCUGGGUAAAUGACGGGAACAAUUGGUGUUCACCCUAUAUUGGCUGGCAGAAGGUCUAUCAGAAUGAUUUAGCUAAAAUUGCGGGCGAUUAUCAACAUCAUGUGCUGGGCGCCGAGGCUGCCAUUUGGUCAGAGCAAAUCGAUGAGUACACCGUGGAUAAUCGCUUCUGGCCACGAGCCAGUGCCUUGGCCGAACGUCUGUGGUCGAAUCCAACUGAAGGUUGGCGACAGGCCGAGUCGCGAUUGCUCCUGCAUCGCGAGCGGCUGGUCGAGAAUGGCAUCGGAGCAGAGGCACUGCAGCCGCAAUGGUGCCUACAGAACGAGAACGAAUGUCCCAUUGAUGCGUAUGACCUAUAGUCUUAUAUAUACUUGUAAAUCUGUAGCAAGAGUUCUGUCAACUGUACAAUUUAUUAUACUUAUAGAUAUGCUCAAUGCAGCGAACGGCUUUGGCUUAGCCUCUCCCUCGUUGCCAUCGUCCUGCUUUGUGCCUGCAAUAAACAACACUUGAAAGUGUGCGAGUGACUCGUCGUUUAAUAAAUUUA